AUUCAAUAGACUCUCACCCGUCCACCCGUUGAAACAUAUGUAGUAAAAUCAACGCUCCGAAAGUAGCUAACCCGCAGCCGUGUUUGUUAGCUACUGCUAAAAGUCAACUCUUACGAUGUCCGAUUGACAGGUUGUCAAUAUGGCGGAGGGUUUUCUCAUGGAGGUGUGCGUGGACUCCGUGGAGUCUGCUGUCAAUGCGGAGCGAGGAGGUGCAGGUCGACUUGAGCUGUGUUGUAGUCUCAUGGAAGGAGGGCUCACUCCCAGUGUUGGCCUAGUGCAGGUUGUAAAAAGGUAUGUGAAAAUCCCAGUCUAUGUGAUGAUCCGGCCUCGUGGGGGCGACUUCCUUUACUCGGACCAGGAAGUGGAGGUGAUGAGGAAAGACAUUGAGGAGAUGAAGAACCAUGGAGCGGAUGGAUUUGUGCUGGGAGCCCUGACAGAGGAUGGGAGGGUGGAUGCAGAGCUGUGCAUGGAGUUUCUAGCUGCUGCUCGGCCCAUGCCUGUGACCUUUCAUCGAGCUUUUGACAUGGUCCAUGAUGCAGCGGUUGCCCUGGAAACGCUGGUGUCGUUAGGUUUCCAGCGUGUGUUGACAAGUGGCUGUGACAACUCUGCACUGGAAGGACUCCCGCUCAUUAAACGUCUUGUAGAUCAAGCUAAAGGUAGAAUUACCAUCAUGCCAGGUGGUGGGAUCACAGAGAGAAACCUGCAAAGAAUUUUAGAAGGAUCGGGAGCUCAAGAGUUUCACUGCUCUGCCCGCUCCAGCAGAGAUUCUGCCAUGAAGUUCAGGAACAGCAGCGUGACAAUGGGAGCUUCUCUGUCAGCACCUGAGUACAGCCUGAAGGUGGCAGAUGUGAGCAAAGUGCGCACAUUUAACGCCAUAGCCAGAAAUACCCUGUGAAUGGAAACCGCGUGGUCAUGACUGAUAACUCAAUGAUACCUCAAAGGUGAUCACCUUCUUUCAUUUUUAUUGGAAGUCCAGAGCAAAUUGGGAUUUGGUAUUCUCAUCAAUGGAGUGCUUAAAACUCAGUACAAGUAUCUUACAUACCAUUAAGCCCUAAAGUAUUCAUACCUGGCCAAAUGUUUAGCUAAAUAUCAUUUUAUUGUAUAUUAGCUGGAAAUGAUACAGGAAAGUGGCAUAGAAUACAGUAAUAGUAUUUCUAUUUUUAGCUGGUCCCAGUUUAUUUUAGAAUAUUCUGCAACAGGCGCGUCCAACCUGCAGCUAAUUUGUUAACGUCCCGCGGCACAUCCUAAAAAUACUUACAAAUACUUUUUAAACGUAAAAAGUAAAAUAAAAAAGCAAACAAGUGUAAUGUAAUGAAAACAAGUUAAAAUGUUGACCCUAAUAACACAAAGUAAUCUGUCUUUAAAAAAUGUGAGGUAUAGUCAUCCCUCACCGCAUUGCGCUACAAAUAUUGUAUCUUUUUUGGAUUUAUAUAGAAUUUAAUUUUUUAAAGGGUAUUUUACUAUUUUUUGGUCCUAAAUUAACCAUUUUGAAGCAAAAAUACUACUACUACUAUACUACUAAUGUAGUAUUGGCCACUUGAUGAGACCAAACCAAUCAGAACACUCCGUUCAGUAUCAUGACGACUGAUUGGCUCAGCCUCAGAUAGUAUUACUACAUUGCAGUGGUUCUCAAACUUUUUGCACCAAAUACCAUUUCAGAAAACACUUGGCUCUCCAAGUACCACCAUAAUGACCAGCAUUAAACAAUAGUCAACUCUAUUAUACUAGUUAAUUCAUUAAAAACAAGGCAGAGGUUUUAUUUGACCAUCCAUCCAUCCAUUUUCUACCGCUUAUUCCCUUCGGGGUUGCGGGGGGGUGCUGGAGCCUAUCUCAGCUACAAUCGGGCGGAAGGCGGGGUACACCCUGGACAAGUCGCCAAGGGCCAACACAGAUAGACAGACAACAUUCACACUCACAUUCACACACUAGGGCCAAUUUAGUGUUGCCAAUCAACCUAUCCCCAGGUGCAUGUCUUUGGAGGUGGGAGGAAGCCGGAGUACCCGGAGGGAACCCACGCAGUCACGGGGAGGACAUGCAAACUCCACACAGAAAGAUUCCGAGCCCGGGAUUGAACUCACGACUACUCAGGACCUUCGUAUUGUGAGGCAGACGCACUAACCCCUCUUCCACCGUGCUGACCAGUACAUUUAAUAUUUUUGGCCACUGUAACAUUACACACAGUUUGAACGGUAACACUGUUGGAAUAUUGGAGAAUAAAACACUUUACUUAAUAUGAAGAAUCAGAACUUGGGCGUACCACUCAAUAGAGCCCGUGUUCCACAGUUUGAAAAUCACUGCUAUAUUGGAUUGGAAAAGUGUAAAGGUGACUAAAAGUGUUAUUUCCAGUCUAGAGGGCUCUCAUAAUGUUGAUAAAUGUAUUUAGAAGGUUGUAAACAGUUUUUUAUGCUCAAGCUUUGACAAUAUUUGAUUCCAACUUCACGGAAGUUGGAAUCAAAUAUAAUAUAACAAUAUUUUAUAAUUAAUGAUUCUAACUUUGCGGAAAUACAUUUUUUGCAUGUCCGGAACAAUGAACAUGAAAAGUAUUACAACAUAUUUUGAUUUUUCAGUUGGCGGCCCUCACUGGAAAAGGUUUGGACACCCCUGUUCUAGAAUAUGCUCGAACUUACCGGGACUCUUUAAAAUAUAGUGCAAAAGACUGUGUUUCCCCAAUCUUGUCAGACCGGAUUCAAAUAUUAAUAAUUGUCAGUUCGUAUUUUUGUGAAUAUAGCAAUAUAUGUACAACUUUUCAUGCAUUUUUCUAGCAUGAAUAUGCCCAUGCAGAAAAUUCUGAUUCACUUUAAUUCCAUUUUUGGCCAUGUCAGUAUGAGAUUUUUCAUAGCAUGCCACAAAGGACUGAACUGUGAUGAUGUAAAGAAUGCAUACGUUUUUCGAAAUGUGUUUUGCAUUGGAAAAACCUCUAAUGAAACUUUUUUUUUUCAACCACA